CUUGAUGCUGCAGUCAUUGAAGUAGUGCGCAUCUGUCGGUAUCAGCUGUAGUGGCGUCACGUUGAUAAACGACUCGGAUAAAAUUGAUUAUAUUUUCCAUUUCUUGAAAAAAUAAUUUUUUUCUACGGAUGACCUUCCUAACAAGUUUGUAGUCAACGAUUCAAGGCUUACAAUUAAGUAUAAGUUUACAUUUUUUUAGACAUUUUCUAAGAAUCUGAAGCCGUUUAUAUAAGUUGGUUGUGAUACCUGCAUUGUCAUUGUUAAGUUGCAAACAAUACGAUUUUACGGUCUUCCAAAAAGUACGUUGAGAUUUAAAAGAUAAUAGAAUGGUAAAAAGGGAUUAGGCUACCGAAGAAUCUUAAAAAGAUGAUAAAAGGACCUUAAUCUAACAAUUUCUUAAAAUUGGAUUCUAAACAACUCAUACAUUCCCGUACAUAUAAUUGAUGUAUCUUACAAUUAGCAGUCGCAAUAAUAUAUUGUAAUGUAACAGACGACGUGGUACAAAACCACGUUAUAAUUAUUCAUGUGUUCCCUGCCCCGACAAGUGUAUGACGAGGCAACGUCGUCGACGAGCUACGAUAACGUGGUGGAACAUACCGAAUUGCCUCGACAAGGAAGCAUGUCUUAUUCGAGUGAACUGUCACGUUCCCAGGAAUAUCUGAGUUUUCGUAGCUCUGUACCGCUGAGAAAGAUUGUCGUCGAUGCCGAUGGCGCCAAGGGAUGGAAGGUGUAUGAUUCCAAUCCAAAAACUAUCAAGUGCCCGCUCAUAUGUCUUCCACCAGUCUGUGGUACCGCUGAUAUUUUUUUUAGGCAAAUAUUAGGACUGGCUGCAAAAGGUUAUAGAGUUAUAUCAGCUGAGCCACCAGUAUAUUGGAGUAUAAAGGAAUGGUGCGAUGGAUUCAGAAAACUGUUGGAUUACUUGGAACUUGAUAAGGUCCACCUUUUUGGUGCUUCGUUAGGUGGUUUUCUGGCACAGAAGUUCACAGAAAUAAAUGCACACUGCCCUCGAGUAGUAUCUUUAGUUCUAUGCAAUACUUUUACAGAUACAUCUGUAUUUAGUUACAAUGAUUCCGCAGCAGUUUUUUGGAUUCUACCAUCAAUGGUACUAAAGAAAAUGGUUAUGGGAAAUUUUGCAACAGAGAAGGUUGAUGGAGAGAUGAUAGAGGCAAUCGAUUUUAUGGUGGAACGGCUGGAGAGCUUAACGCAACCUGAAUUAGCAUCUCGUUUAACAAUGAAUUGCAUAAAUUGUUAUGUACAACCUCAAAAGAUAUGUCAUUUACCAAUAACGAUAAUAGAUGUAUUUGAUGAAUAUGCUUUAUCAAAUGCUGUUAGGGAAGAAAUGUACAAAUGCUAUCCGAAUGCAAAAUUAGCACAUUUGAAAAGCGGUGGGAAUUUUCCAUACUUGAGUCGAUCUGCCGAAGUUAAUUUGCAUUUACAGAUACAUUUAAGACAGUUUGAAGACACUGAAUAUGCAGCCUCAGAAAAAACUAAAACUUAGCAUAAUACAUUUUUGUUAGGAAAAAUUAAACAAAAAUGGAUUCUGCUAUUCAUAAACAGAUAUUGAAAAUAUGAAUAUCUGAGCCAUUUAUAUAUAUAUAUCGAGUUAAAGAUACAAUUUAGUUGACAUCUUUCAAUUUAGUUCUUAAUAAAGCAAUAAUUUGUUACAUCCAAA